UUGAGCCGCUUUUUUUUCGUAAUUUUUUAUUCUGCCCCAGCUGAUGUGUGAGCCAGCAUGUCGCGAAGGAAGCAAGCGAAGCCGCAGCAUUUCCAGUCCGAGCCCGAGCUGGCCUCGAAAGCCCCGCGCAAUGGAGACGCACACAAGGGUCCAGCAAAUCGAACCACCAAGACGAAGGAUCCCCACGUCUGUGGCAGAUGCUGUGCUGAGUUUUUUGAACUAUCUGAUCUCCUGCAACACAAGAAGAACUGUACUAAAAAUCAAUUGGUUUUAAUUGUGAAUGAAAACCCUGCCUCUCCUUCCGAAACCUUCCCUCCCUGCUCCCCUUCUGAGAAUCCCGACAAACAGAGGAAUGAGGCAGCUAAGAGCAUGGAUCAAGUAGACCUUUCCGAGCAUCACAAACUUGACAAGGAAGAAUCCAUGGACGCCGAAGCAUCCUGCACGACUAAGAGUGCCGGCGGUAGUUCCCAGCACGUCAACGAUAGCCUUGUAAGCAGUAAUGGCUCCACAAUGGGUACCUCAGCUACAACAACCUCUCUACCUCAAACGGGGGACCUGACAACGCUCGGCAACUUCUCGGUGAUUAACAGCAACGUCAUCAUCGAGAACCUCCAGAGCACGAAAGUGGCGGUUGCGCAGUUCUCGCAGGAGGCCCGGUGCAACGGCGCCUCGAGCGGCAAGUUGGCCAUCCCGGCCCUCAUGGAGCAGCUGUUGGCCCUGCAGCAGCAACAGAUCCACCAGCUGCAACUGAUUGAACAGAUCCGCCACCAAAUAUUACUGCUGGCUUCCCAGAACGCGGACCUGCCGAUGUCUUCGAACCUGUCUCCAAGCACCAUACGGACGUCCGCCAACCCCUUGUCCACAUUAAGUUCCCAUUUAUCCCAGCAGCUGGCUGCGGCGGCCGGAUUGGCGCAGAGCUUGGCGAGCCAGUCUGCCAGCAUCAGUGGUGUGAAGCAACUGCCUCCUAUACAGCUACCUCAGAACAACCCUAGCAAUGCUAUGAUUCCAUCCAGUAGCGGCUCGUCUCCAAAUAUCACCCUCUCGGCAGCAGCCAUGACGACACCGUCCUCUGACAAAGUGGCUACAAAUGCUGGUGGCUCUCAGCUUGGCAAUCCACCAGCGCCCGUGUCCUCCUCACCGGCUUUUGCAAUAAGCAGCUUGUUAAGCCCUGUUUCGAACCCUCUUCUACCUCAGCCUGCCCCUAGCAACUCUGUGUUCCCCAAUCCUUUGUCAAAUCUUGGGACCCCUGCAGAUGACUUGAACUCCUUGGCUGCUCUGGCCCAGCAGAGGAAAAGUAAGCCGCCCAACGUGACAGCCUUCGAAGCGAAAAGUACUUCCGACGAAGCGUUCUUUAAGCAUAAAUGCAGGUUCUGUGCGAAAGUGUUUGGGAGCGACAGUGCCUUGCAGAUCCAUUUGCGUUCUCACACUGGGGAGAGGCCAUUCAAGUGCAACAUCUGUGGAAACCGGUUUUCCACCAAGGGGAACUUAAAAGUCCAUUUUCAGCGUCAUAAAGAAAAAUACCCUCACAUUCAAAUGAACCCCUACCCUGUGCCCGAGCAUUUGGACAACAUUCCCACCAGUACAGGAAUUCCAUACGGAAUGUCAAUACCGCCAGAGAAACCUGUAACCAGCUGGCUGGACACCAAGCCAGUCUUGUCAACACUGACCACAUCCGUUGGCUUACCACUUCCCCCCACAAUUCCAAGCUUGACACCCUUCAUCAAAACAGAGGAGCCUCAGCCUAUUCCCAUCACUCAUCCUUCUUCCAGUCCUCCGUGUUCCAUCAAAAGUGACUCUGGCUCAGUUGAUCCUGCUGGGAAAAACUCAAACGGGCAUCUAGUUGAAGGGGAGGUAGGUGCUUUGCUAUCCUCCGAUGGCAAGCCAGAGGAUAACACUCAGACAUCCAGCACCGUCACGAGUCUUAACCAUUCUGUAACCUCUCCAGCCACAGAUUCAGGUUCCCACAGUGUGGUUGCUUUUACCAACCCUCUCAUGCCUCUCAUGUCAGAACAGUUUAAGGCCAAGUUUCCAUUUGGAGGGCUGUUGGACACAACGCCAGCCUCUGAGACUUCUAAGUUGCAGCAACUGGUGGAAAACAUUGACAAAAAGGCAACUGAUCCCAACGAGUGUAUCAUUUGCCACCGAGUUCUCAGUUGCCAGAGUGCUUUAAAGAUGCACUACCGCACACAUACGGGCGAAAGGCCCUUCAAGUGCAAAAUCUGUGGCCGUGCCUUCACAACAAAAGGCAAUUUAAAGACCCACUAUAGCGUUCACCGUGCCAUGCCCCCACUGAGAGUACAACAUUCCUGCCCAAUCUGCCAGAAGAAGUUCACCAAUGCUGUUGUGCUACAGCAGCACAUCAGGAUGCAUAUGGGUGGCCAGAUACCCAACACGCCUGUGACAGAGCAUUAUUCCGAGUCAAUGGAAUCAGACACGGGAUCUUUUGACGAGAACUUUGAUGACCUGGACAACUUCUCCGACAAGAACAUGGAAGACUGUCCUGACAGUAGCGUGCCAGAUACACCUAAAUCAGUCGACGCAUCUCAAGAUAGUUUAUCUUCUUCCCCAUUGCCACCGGAAAUGUCAAGUAUUGCUGCUUUAGAAAAUCAGAUGAAAAUGAUUAAUGCAGGACUUGCAGAACAGCUCCAAGCCAGCUUGAAGUCUGUGGAGAAUGGGUCAGUGGAAGGGGAUAUCAUGACAAAUGAUUCGUCAUCUGUCGGUGGUGAUAUGGAAAGCCAAAGCGCUGGAAGUCCUGCUAUCUCAGAGUCUACCUCUUCCAUGCAGGCCUUGUCCCCAUCCAACAGCACGACUGAUUACCACAAGUCGCCAAGCGUGGAUGAGAAACCACUGAGAGCAUUAUCCAAUGACUUUGUCAAUGGUUGGCCUCCAGCCUUUGUGAAUGGUGGUGCUUUGGACUUGACAUCGGGCAACCCAGAGAAGAUGAUGAUUAAGGAAGAGUCCUUGAGUAUGCUGUUCCCUUUCCGAGACAGAGGGAAACUUAAAAACACAGCGUGCGACAUUUGUGGCAAAACGUUUGCUUGUCAGAGUGCCUUGGACAUUCAUUACAGAAGUCAUACCAAAGAGAGACCAUUUAUUUGCACAGUCUGCAAUCGUGGCUUUUCCACAAAGGGUAAUUUGAAGCAGCAUAUGUUGACACAUCAAAUGCGAGAUCUACCAUCACAGCUCUUUGAACCCAACUCAAACCUUGGCCCUAAUCAGAACUCGUCGACGAUCCCAACUAACUCACUCGCGUCACUUAUCAAGACGGAGGUCAACGGUUUCGGACACGGCUCUCCUCAGGACAGUAAAGAGACUCCGCCCUGUCUCAUUGCUCCGGGGCCUUUGCCGCCUUCAGCGACGUCACCUGUUUUGCUAUCCACGCUGCCCAGACGAACGCCGAAACAGCACUAUUGCCACACUUGUGGGAAGACCUUUUCGUCCUCCAGUGCGUUGCAGAUUCAUGAAAGGACCCACACAGGAGAAAAGCCUUUUGCCUGCACUAUAUGCGGAAGAGCUUUCACAACAAAAGGCAACUUGAAGGUUCACAUGGGCACACAUAUGUGGAACAGCACACCUGCCAGGCGAGGGAGAAGGCUUUCUGUGGACGGUCCCAUGACUUUUCUCGGAAGCAAUCCUAUAAAAUUCCCAGACAUGUUUCCAAAAGAUUUGGCCACAAGGUCAGGGAACGGAGACCCUUCCAGCUUCUGGAAUCAGUACGCGGCCGCUCUCUCCAAUGGUUUGGCAAUGAAGACAAACGAGAUUUCGGUGAUUCAAAAUGGUGGCAUUCCUCCAAUUCCUGGAAGCAUGGGGAAUGGCAGCAGCUCUCCGAUUAGCGGCUUGACGGGAAGCUUGGAGAAACUCCAGAAUUCCGAACCUAACGCACCUCUAGCUGGUCUGGAGAAAAUGGCAAGCAGCGAGAACGGGACUACCUUCCGUUUCACGCGUUUUGUGGAAGACGGCAAAGAGAUUGUAACGAAUUAGGGACACAUGUUACGAACGAUCCUGCAGAUAUUGCAACCUGAGGUUGUGUGUUUUUUCCCUUCUUUUUUUUAAUUUUAGCAAACCAACAAAACGACAACGUUAAAAUGGACGUCCUUUUGUACCUGUUUGACUUCUAGAGUUCUAAAACAAGCUUAUUUAUUAGUGGCAUAACCCUUUUUUUUGCUUUGCAAACUCCUGCAAGCGUUAACUUUGGUCUUCUGUAUUUUGAACUAAAUGCUAAUUGACUUAGAGUCCUGUAAACUUGCUGUAGCAUUUUAUGCCAACACAAGUCUGUACGGCUAGGUGGUCUCAUUCUGGCAUUUAACUUAUUUUCUAUAUCCCGUUUAACAUGAACUCUGG